AUGGAGGCGUCGUGCCAGCGCCGGUUCCUCUGCUUGGGGCUCCUUUGCAGCCUGGGGGCGGCCCUGGGGGCCGACAAGCCGAUGGACCACGCCGUCCCCAAGCCCAAGAAGCCCAAAGACAUCCGGGAUUACAACGACGCCGACAUGGCGCGGCUGCUGGAGCAGUGGGAGAGUGAUGAUGAUAUCGAAGAAAACGACCUUCCCGAGCACAGGCGUCCCUCUGCGCCCGUUGACUUCUCAAAGAUCGAUCCGAACAAGCCAGAGACCAUCUUGAAGAUGACCAAGAAAGGGAAGACCUUGAUGAUGUUUGUUACUGUGUCAGGAGACCCCACCGAAAAAGAAACGGAGGAGAUCACGAAUUUGUGGCAGGGCAGCCUUUUCAACGCGAACUACGAUGUGCAAAGGUUUAUCGUCGGCUCAAACCGUGCCAUCUUCAUGCUGCGGGACGGAAGCUUCGCAUGGGAGAUCAAAGACUUCCUGGUGGAUCAAGAUAGGUGUGCGGACGUAACUUUGGAGGGUCAGGUCUAUCCUGGCAAAGGAUCCACGGGAAAGGCAAAAACGGCAAAUAUGGUGAAGCCUUCAAAAUCCAAACAGAAAAAAGAGGCAGAGAAGAAAUCUGCAUCCCGGAUAGACGACAACCGCCCGAGCCGACAGAAAGAAGACCUAUGA